AUGGCUGACUACGAGCGUCGGAAUCACGGCUUUCGAGGAGGAAGAGAAGGAGGACGCAAGCGGAGGUACAGAGAUGACGAUGACUUUGAUCGCCGUCCCCAGAGACGCAGAUACGAAGAACCCCUUGGCUCGAGAGUGCGGAGACUGUUGCUGUUAAUUGCGGAGUCGGCUGUUCGCAGAGUAGAGGAUGAUGUUGUGUACAUUGCGCGAAUGGCAGCGGACAAUUAUGACGAUGAGGACGUUCGCGAGUCGUUUUUGGAGACCAUCAUUCAAUUGACCCUCGAACAGCCUUUCAAGAUCCCGUUUGUCGCCGCCGUCGUCCUAGUCCUCAACUCCCUCAAACCAGAGUUUGCCGCCGAGGCGCUGAAGAGAACAACCUCGACGUUGCAGCAAGCUCUCAAUGCCGGCGUAUGGCGCGAUGUGAAGCUUUUGGUGCGGCUUGUCGGUUGCGUACAAGGCAUGCUAGAGGGUGAUGGGGUCUUCGUUAUUCUUGAAGAGCUGUUUUCACGUGCUGUUGAUCUGCAGACGACGUCUUCUGAGGAUUCAUUGGGCCUCGAACUCGUUAAGAUCAUCCUUCUGGCCAUUCCCUACGUUAUGGCUUCUUCGGCUUCUUCUGGCUUCGAGAGCCAGGCAGUGGCACUUCUCGAAAAAACAGACAUCAUCGCAUCCACUCCACAUGCCUUGGAAGCGCUCGUAAACCCUUUCAGUUUCGACAGCAGCGACGAAAGUUUCGAGCCCCUGCAGAGCUUCAUUGGCUUACUACAGAAACAACUUCAAAACGAAUCAACAAAUUCAAAAUGGGAGCUUAGGUGUCUUCCUCGGCCGUGGCAAGCGCUCUCUGAGUUCUCCUCGUCCCCUGACAACCAAGAAGGCGAAACCCCCAUAUCGCUGGAGAGCGCGACGAAACACCCUUUGCCUACAGUGACUGUGCCAGACCCCGUGAAAAAUGGCCCCAGGGCUAUCUAUCCAGAGGUCUACUUCUCGGUGUAUGCAGAGCAGGAAAUCGAGACGGUGCCUGGAAUUGGUGAUGUCGCAUCAACGUUAUUGCGCGAUGCACUAGUCGACACCAUCAACAUAUUGGAUUUCAACCGUACGGCAGUGGCCAGGUUUUUAAUUGAUGUUGAUUGUUAUUUUUCACCGGACACAUUUGUGAAACGGGCAACGCCAUUCGAUAAACUACGAGAAUUGCCUUCGGAUCGACCAACUUGGAAACCAGAAGAUGUGGCUGUUGACGCAGUGUUUUCGCAGCUAUUCCAGCUGCCGAGUCCCGAGCAUAAACUCGUCUAUUAUCAUUCUGUGCUCACUGAAUGCUGCAAAGUUGCCCCUGCUGCAAUUGCGCCUAGUCUUGGGCGUGCCAUUCGAUUUUUGUAUCGGAAUGUCGAGAGACUGGACGUUGAUCUGACGCAUCGAUUCUUGGAUUGGUUCUCGCAUCAUCUGAGCAAUUUCGGGUUUACGUGGAAAUGGACGGAGUGGAUUGACGAUUUGCAACUUCCUGAGAUCCAUCCAAAAAUGGCAUUCAUAACUGGCGCACUGGACAAAGAGAUCCGACUGAGCUUUGCUCAACGUAUUAAAGGAACACUGCCCGAGCCUUAUCAGCCUUUGAUUGCAGAGGGCAAAGAGAAAGAUACGCCGGAUUUCAAGUAUACUUUAGAGACUACUCCAUAUUCCAAGCAAGGAUCGGAAUUAAUGCAACUAAUCCGUAAGAAAGCUACUGACGAAGAAAUCGAGCCGGUCAUAGCAGAGAUUGAGAAACAAGCCAAGGAGCAUGGCGUCGAAGACUCGAUGGUCCCAUCCACCGAUGCAUUUGUCACAUCGAUAUGCUUCGUCGGAUCCAAAUCUCUCUCCCAUGUCCUUUCAUGCAUUGAAAGGAAUAAGGAACGCCUUCUCGCCAUCGGGCCUCGUUCAGCACCUGGCCGACGACAAAUUAUCACCUCUGUGAUGGAAUACUGGGUCGACCAGCCCGGAAUCGCAAUCAACAUCAUCGACAAGCUUUUGAACUACACCAUCCUCACCCCCCUCUCCGUAAUUGAGUGGGCAUUGCUCGACCGCAUUGACGCCGGCAAGAUCCUAUCGCAAGCACACGUCUACGAAAUGGUCUCCGCCACAGUAAACAAAGUGACCAACCGGAUUCGCCAAAUUGUUGCGGCACGCACGCAACGCGGUUUGUACGAGCCGCAACUCGGCGUCGUCGAUGAAGCGCUUAAUCGCGAAAAGGCCGAUAUGCAGACUUUAUUCACGCUCAUCGAAGACUCCAUCACGCCCGUCGCUGCGGGCAGUAACGAUGAACUCAUGGAAAGAAGUGAAGACGACCCGAGCACGCGCGAAGAGAACGAAAUCAUCCGUCGCUGGGCCGUGAGAUGGCGCCGCGUUUUCCAGAGAAAGGCUGCCGUUGAGGCGGCCUUUAUUGCCGAUGCCAUGAUCGAUGCUACGCCAUUGGGCACGAUGCCGCCACCACCUCCUGAGGAUGAAACUGCUGCUGCUGCUCCUGAAGCUGGAUCAGGAGCUGGUUUGGAAGAUGGUCUGCCUCAGUCGGCGGCUAAUGGGGAUAAUGAUAUGGACAUUGCUGAUAUUUCGUAA